AAAAGCUUUAAAUCUGGACGGGUAUAAUUAAUUCCUCAAACUUCUUCUCUGGAAGAACAAAAAAAGAUGAAACAAAGCCAACGAAGAAAAGCACAAUUUUGGCGAAACCCAGUGAGAGAGAGACAGAGAGAAAGGAGGGAAAUUCCAGCUUCCCUUUUCUCUCUCGUUCUUGCUCUUUUGAUCUGCGUGAAAAGAAAGAAUUUUUAUUUUCCCGACAGAGAAAAGUCCCAAUUUUUAAAAUUAGGACUUUUUGAUUUUCGAAAAUUUUGGUGUUAAUGGAAACAGAUAGUAUCGAUUCCGUGAUCGAUGACGAUGAGAUCCAUCAAAAACACCAAUUCUCAUCAACCAAGUCUCAGGGAGGAGCCACCGUGGUAAUCUCUCCGGCUACAAGCGUUUACGAGCUCCUUGAAUGCCCUGUCUGCACCAAUUCAAUGUACCCACCAAUCCAUCAGUGUCAUAAUGGACAUACUUUAUGUUCAACCUGUAAAUCAAGAGUGCAUAAUCGCUCUUGAGAAAGUAGCUGAGUCGCUUGAGUUACCGUGCAAGUAUUACAAUCUUGGAUGCCUUGGGAUUUUCCCUUAUUACAGUAAACUAAAGCAUGAGUCUCAAUGUAACUUUAGACCUUAUAGUUGUCCAUAUGCUGGCUCGGAGUGUGCUGCUGUAGGUGACAUUACUUUCCUUGUUGCUCAUUUAAGAGAUGAUCAUAAAGUCGAUAUGCAUACUGGAUGUACGUUUAAUCAUCGUUAUGUUAAAUCUAAUCCACGCGAAGUAGAGAACGCUACUUGGAUGCUAACGGUGUUUCAAUGUUUUGGUCAAUACUUUUGUCUUCAUUUUGAAGCGUUUCAGCUCGGUAUGGCUCCAGUUUACAUGGCGUUUCUGAGAUUCAUGGGCGAUGAAGAUGACGCACGAAACUAUACAUACAGUUUAGAAGUUGGAGGCAGUGGGAGAAAACAGACAUGGGAAGGGACACCAAGAAGUGUCAGAGAUAGUCACAGGAAAGUCAGAGACAGUCAUGACGGUCUUAUAAUCCAAAGAAACAUGGCACUCUUCUUUUCCGGUGGAGACAAGAAAGAACUGAAACUUAGAGUCACUGGAAGAAUCUGGAAAGAGCAACAGAAUCCAGAUUCUGGUGUUUGCAUAACCUCUAUGUGUAGUAGCUGAAUCAAAAUCAGCCAACCCUUCAAACCUAUCUUAAGGUGUUCGUUCGAUUUCUUCAAUUCGAUUUUGUUUCGGGUUUGUGUGUUGUUUUGGUCCAGAAUCCAGAUAGCUUCUUUACAUUCAAAAGUGUAUUUAGAGAAGUAAAAAGAGUUGUUCCAUUUGCCAGAAAUGUGCAGAAGGUCACAAAAGUUGCAAUAACUUCCAAAGAUUGAAUAUUUCCAUAAAUGUAUAUAUUCACAUGGUAAGAUCUGAGCAAAGAUCUAAUACAGUAACAUAUUCAAAUCAUAUCUUUAUUUCAUUC